AGCCGGAGAGCAGGGUUUCUCUUUGUGGACAUCUGAUGCAAGCUUGCUCCUCCUGGAAGACUCUCCUGUCCCAGGGUGGCUCAAGGUAUUGCAGUGCCUGAGGCGAGGCACCAGAUACAGCCUUGCCCCACAACUGGUUCCAAAAAUGUCUCUGAAGGGGAAGGAGAGGAAGGGCUUUCGACAGAGAUCUCCUCCUGUCCUCAAAUAUUUGCAGGGUAUUCUUCGCAAAUACCCAGAUGGGGGUCAGAUCUUAAAGGAACUGAUCCAGAAUGCAGAUGAUGCAGGUGCCAGAGACGUGGUCUUGCUCUAUGAUGAACGAGGUUUUGGAACGCAGAGCCUUUUUGCAGAGGGGAUGGCGUGUACCCAAGGCCCUGCGCUCCUUGCCUACAAUGAUGGCCUGUUCACUGAGGAUGACUGGGAGGGGAUCCAAAGUCCAGGCCUCAGUCACAAGGAGGAUGAUCCCUCUACUGUUGGACGGUUUGGCUUGGGCUUCAAUUCGGUCUACCACAUUACAGAUUUCCCAUCGAUACUCUCUGGUGACUGGUUGGGAGUGCUGGACCCACAGCGAGCAGCUCUCAGUGAAGGGGGCCAGCUCUGGAGGGUGGAUGAAUGGGAAGAAAUGUCAGAUCAGUUCCAGCCAUUCUGGGCAGUGCUGAAAUCCCUUGGCCAGCCCUGCCCACCUGCAAAAGGCCACUUCCCCGGCACCUUGUUUCGCUUCCCACUACGGCAGAGUCCCUCGAAGAUGUCCGAGAACCUCUACAGUCUGGAACGGGCACAAGAGCUGCUGCUCACUUUCUUGGAUGAUGCCCCCAUCAGCCUGCUGUUCCUUAGGAGCGUUCGGCGGCUGACGCUGGGCCUAAUUGGAGCCAACGGCACCAUCUGUGAACUGCUGAGAGCUGAAGCCACAACUCACCAGCUCAUUGGGCCGGACGUGGUCCAAGGUGUCCCUUACAGUGUGCCAAAGGCUGCAAAAUGUUGCCCAGACAGAGGCGGAGUUGAGAGCAUCCUCCUCAGAGGAUUAGACUCUCGUGACAAUGCCACCAGCACCAUGUUGGACGUGGCUGCCAGUAUUACCACGUUGGUUCUGCGUGGCACUGGGAUUGGACAGACCACCAGCUGUGACUGGCUGGUGUUGUCAGCUGUAGCACAAAAAGAGGCCUUUCCCACACUGUGGAAUCUUACUGCUUCGAUCAAUUCCCAACCAGCCCUGUCUUUGGCUUACCCACUGCAAGGCAGUUGCACCGGGCGCCUCUGCUGCGUCCUGCCACUUCCUGCCACAGAGGAGAAUACCACAGGGUUGCCCCUGCACAUCAGUGCUCCCUUCCAGCUGACGGAUGACCGAAGACACGUCCAGUGGUCUGAAGAGGGGUCCCAGGCACGGGGAGCAGACGGCCAAUGGAACCACUCGCUGAUGGAGGAGAUGCUGCCUGUGGCUUAUUGCCAAAUCAUGCUGUUGGCAUCUGGCCACCCUAGUGACCCAUAUGGGGCAUGGCCAGAUCCAGCGCAAAGCCAGCUACUCCGAUACAGGGCUUUGGUUGUUCAGGUCUUGAAGAGACUGAUGGACAUGAGACUUCUGGUCCGAGUUGGAGAUGGGGAUCCCCGCCUGCUCUAUCCUCGUGAAGCUGUCCUCUUGCCAGAGAAGGUGAUGGGUAAACCUGUGGGUCUGGCACUGGAGAAGGUGCUGGUUUUGGCAGGAUCGCUGUUGGCUGUUGCCCCUCCCCAUGUGCGUCGAGCCUUGGCAUUGGGUGCCAAAGUUGGGGUAGAAGUGCAGGCGGCCACAACAACAUUUGUAAGAGGGACCCUGCGGCGGGCUGAUGAGCACAUCUGGAGCAAGAUAUCCCCCUUGGAGAAGCAGUUGCUCUUGGAAUACAUGGCUGGGGACCGGUGUUACCAGGAGCUGAAGGCUCUGCCCCUGCUGCCAACAGCCAGUGGGCACUUUGCCAGAUUUGGAGAUUCUGGAGAGACUGUGUUUGUCGAGAACCCCGACUUCCGCAGGAUCCUCUUGCCUGGCCUUGCUCACCAGUUCUUACCCGAAGAUCUAAACCCUGGCCUGCUAGAACAUCUGCAAGCCAUGGCAAAUAAAGGACUGUUCAGGAACCUGGUCUCCUUGGAUCGAACUGUUAUUGAGCAGAACUUGCAAGCAUCUCUUCCGAGCAACUGGGUCAGCAACAACUCUGCCGCCAUAGUUUGGUGCCCAAAGGAAGACUCCAAACAACCUCCUCUGGAGUGGCUUGCUGCCUUCUGGAUGUUCCUGAGUCGCCAUGCCUCGUCCCUGGUGCCCUUCAAAGGUUGCCCACUGAUACCAUUGACUUCUGUGCAGAACUCCACCAAUGGCAUCCGGCUGGCACGGCUGUGGCCCCAGCCGACCCUGCUGUUCCAGAACUCCGAUGGGCGCUGCUUGCCCGGUGAAGUGGCCAGCGCUCUGGAAGUGUUGGGAUGCACUGUGAUUCGAAGCUGGCAGUCAGACUGGUGUCACCGCCAGCUGAGAGAGUACAUCUUGGAUCCCACCCCUGAAAGCAUCCUGCAAGCUUUUGCCCACGUGGGGGUGCCGUCUGUGGCUAGCCGCCUGGCAUCUCUGCCCACCCACCAGAUUGAGAGCUUGAGUGCCUUCCUCUCGAAAGCAGCCGCGCUUUCCCAGGCAGGGAUCAACGUCCUAAGGAUGCUGCCGCUAUUCUUCAAGAUGCCUUCCCUCCAUCCACCCUCCACGCCUGGCCUGGUGCCCGCCCAGCAGCACUUGGCUUUAGAGAAGAACCUGGUUCCGCCAGUGCCCACAGAUCUGUUGACUCCAGAGCCUGUACUGUUGUGUCGUAAUGAAGAUGAACGCCGCUUGCUCUCGCAGCUCCGCUGCAGCCUCCUGGGGACACCGGAUCUGUGUUUGCUGUGUGUCAAAGCCAUGAAGAAGGGGGCCUAUGCCAGCCGGCCACAGGAUGCCAGGCGUCUGAUGCUGUGGGUGCUACACAAUGGGGACAGCCUCUUCAGCCAGAGUCGAGAACUGCAAGCCUUGUGCUGUGACCUCCCAUUUCUGGAGUGUGAAUCCGGAGCAUUGGCCCGGCCCAGCCAUCUCUAUGACCCAGAGAACAGAACCUUGCAGGCCUUGUUAAGACCUCACUGCUUCCCCACGGGGCCCUUCCGAGAGCCAGCAGCAUUGCGGACCCUUCGUGCUCUGGGGCUGAAAUCGGAUCUCUGCGCUGUCUCUCCAGCCGAUGUGUUAACGGCUGCACGGGAAGUCAGUUGUCUGCAGGAGACUGCAGCCACCAAGGCCAAAUUGCAGGCUCUCAUCCAGAUCUGCAAUGAGACCCCUCUGCUGUCCCGCUUUUCUUCACAGGAGCUGCGGCAGCUGCGGCUCCUGGCUUGGGUACCUGCCACCAACGCUUCUAUGCAUGUGCCAGCUGGACGCUUCUUGGCACCAGAAUCAAUGCGCUCAGAGAAGUACGCAGCUCUUGUGGGGCUGGUCAUGGGACUAACAAAUGCUUUUCGCCCACAAGUUGCACAGGCUUUGGGACUGGAGCGCUCACCUCCACCAGAGAAAGUGCUGGAGAAUCUAGGCUGCUUGGUCCAGGAAUAUUGCCCUGAAGGGACUGCAGCAUUAACUGCCAAGUUGCACAGCAUCUACCAGCACAUGCAGUGGCAUCUGAGUGACUUCCGAAAGCCACCACUGGGCCCUGCCGUGUGGAAUGGGAGUGGCUUCUCAGUGCCUGCGGAUGUGGUGUUGGCCUACCCUGAUGGCUUGGACCUUGCUCUUCUGAUGUCACGAGUGCCUUUAGACUUCCAAAACUAUAGCCAACUUUUUUCAGCAUGGGGUGUCCGUCAGUUCCCCAAAGAGGAGGAUGUGUGCCAGGCCCUUCGCAGGUUGGCAGACCAAAUCAAUGCCCGACCACGAGGUGGCACGCAGACUGAACUAUGCCUUGUGGUAACUGCCUUGGAUUGGUUCUAUGCCCACCGCCAUGAUGGAGAAGGGGAGAUGCUUGUGCCUGUGCGUGUUCCAGGAUUGGCUGGCUUUGCUCUCCGCCCAGCCAAUUCAGUUCUGUACUGCGACAUGGAUCGGACUCGGCUUGCUGAACUGGAUGGAGCUCCACCGAUCUUGGUGCAUGAAGCGGUUCCCUCUGAGACAGCUGCUUUCCUUGGCGUGGAGAUGCUGAGCACACGAUUAUCAGGCCUAGAAGUGUUUGAGCCUUGGGGUCCUUCAGAGCCAGUCACCCUCCGGAUCCGUAACAUCCUUCGUGAGUACAGCCAAGAUGCAGACGUGUUUCAGGAACUGCUGCAGAACGCAGAGGAUGCUGGUGCCAAAACCUGCCGCUUCUUGGUGGAUCUCCGUCAGCAUAAUGGCACCACAGAAGGACUCCUGGACCCUGGCAUGGCUGCCUGCCAGGGACCAGCACUCUGGGCCCACAAUGAUGCACCGUUUAGUGAGGCAGACUUCUCCAACAUCAUUCGACUGGGUGCAGCCACCAAGGAGCGCCAGGAUGACAAGAUUGGACGCUUUGGGUUGGGUUUCUGCACAGUCUACCACAUGACUGAUGUGCCCUCUCUUCUCAGUGGCUGCACCCUGAUCAUAUUUGAUCCCAAUCUCACCCAUCUCCAGAAGCAUAUGCGCGAUGUGGCUCGGCCAGGCAUCCGUUUGAAGUGGACACGACAAGUCACCACUCUGUUUCCGGAACAAUUUAGAAUUUACUGGGGCAUCUUUGGCUGUCAAGCUGGGGAGGAUUACCGAGGCACACUCAUCCGCUUGCCCUUUCGCAGUGAGCAGGAGGCAAAAGCCUCUCAGAUCUGCCCUGAGCCCUUUGGACCUGGCCGGAUCCAAGCACUGCAAGUUGGCUUCCAGGAGAUGUACUCGCAUUUGCUGCUCUUCCUACACAAUGUGCGGGAAGUGUCACUAGCUCACCUUCCUGCUGGCUCCGGUUCUCCAGAAGCUGCCCAGCCACUGGCCACAGUCACUAGGCAAGCCGUUGACAUGAUGGGUGCUCUCAGCAUUGUCCGACUGACAGCAACUUGGGAGGCUGAUGUGGUGACCAGCCAUUACCUGCUGCACUCGUGCUCGGGUAAAGAAGCCGCCUGGGAGCUCUUCAAACGGGGAGGAAAAGAUGGUGUCCAUUUCUCACCUCCUGCUGCAGGUGUGGCCUUGCCCCUCUGCCCUGCCACUGCUGCUGGACAAUGGGUCCCAGAUUUAGAUGGCUUUAAGGGCCGCGUCUUCUGCUUUCUGCCUCUUCCCAUUGAAUCCGGCCUUCCGCUGCACCUCACGGCAGCCUUUGCUGUGCUUAGUAAUCGCAAAGGACUCUGGGCUGCCACUGAGAAGGGCCAAUGGAAUACAGCCCUCCUCAAGGAUUCUGUGCCGCAGGCCUGGCUUGGGGCACUGGCUCAGCUCCGGGACAUGUACAGAGAGGGGUUGCUGGAGGACUAUGACUACCAUACUUUCUGGCCUGAUGUGAACAGUGCCAAGGACCCUUUCACUGAAUCGGCCAAGGCCUUUUACCAAAAAUUAGUCUGUGGCAUUGAUGGGGAGCAGCCAGUUCUAUUCUCAGAUGGGCAGAGAUGGUGCCCAGCCCGGCAUGCCUGUUUCCUGGAUGCUGAUAUUGUUCGUGAGGAGCGGUUGAAACCUACAGCUGAGAGGGUCUUCUCUUUACUCUUGCCAGAACCACAGCUGGCAGUGCCUCUUCCGCGCUGGGUGAAGAUGAGUUUUGGAGCAAGCACCCAGGUGGACACCUUGUUGCCCAACACCUACAACUGGGUGCGGUUUUUCCGGGAGCUUGUUCUGCCCAACCUUGCUCACCUGGAAGUGGCUGAUCGUGAUGCCCUGAUUCUUCGUGCCCUGGACAUGAAAGAUGCCAGUGUGGAUAAGAUCCUGACAUCUCUGCCUUGCAUUCCCACCACUCCCAAUAAGCUGCUGAAAAAUAUCAAAGAGUUAGCGCACCCACAGGGCCGUGUUGCACCUCUCUACACCAGUGAAGAUGGGCGCUUCCCUAUGGGUGCGGGAUUUCUGAAGCUAGAGAGGCUGUUGCACUUGGAGCAGCUCGGUAUGGCCAAAGACUGGGUGACAAUGGAGGAACUGAUAGACAGAGCUCGAAGCGUGGUGGCAUUGUGGUCUCUCAGCCCACAGAAGGCAUGCCAGCGUGCCCAUUGUAUCUUGGAGCUCCUUGGUGACCACCUCCAGGAAAGCUCUAGCAACACAGCCCAGGCUGCCUUUAGAGACAUUUGCUUCUUGCCAGCACUGCUUCCUGACAACGAGCGCAAACUCUGCUGCCCCCAUGAGAUUUAUGACUACAAGCAGCAACACCUAGUAGGUUUGAUUGAACCCAUUCUAGACCAGAAGGCCUUUGGUGAGGGUUUCAAGCUCUCUAGGGAGAUAAAGGCAUUCUUAGGACUCAGUCGCCUGCCACCCAUUGCAACAGUCCUAGGGCAACUGGAGGCAGCAUCGCAUGGCUCCAAUGCCCUGACCAGGACUCAGCUGAACAAGAUGACACACAAAUGCUAUGAGUUUCUGAAUCAAGUGGUGCAGGAGAAGGCUUCAUACAAGGCAGAGGUGUCCCAAAGGGCCCAAACCUUCCCUUUUGUCCUGGUAGAUACUACUUUUGUGUCUGUGUGCCGUGUGGCCCAUGACCUGGACUUCGAUGCUGCUCCGCAUCUCUUUCAAUUGCCUUCAGAGUACAAGCCGUACAGGGAGCUGUGGCGCUGUGUGGGGCUACCUCACACUUUUGAAGUGCAGGACUAUGCCACUGUACUGCAAACAUUGGCCAAGGAUGCAGGUGGAAAGCCUCUUUCCAAAGAGAAGCUGGCUCUAGUCAUUAGGCUGAUCACUGUAGGGCUAUCGGAGGCCUUGCAAGACCAAGAGCUUGAUUCAUAUACAGCACAGAGUAUCUUUUUCCCAGACCAAGACCAGGUCCUGUGUCCCUUGCCCAAGCUCUUCUUUGAUGAUACACCAUGGCUGCCGCGUGAGAAAAGGACCCUGCUCUGCCAUGGCAAGAUCCCAAGGGAAGUUGCCAUAUGCUGUGGCAUCCCUACCACAAAGCAUCGCAUCUUAACACGCUGUCAGAUCAAGAGUCUCUCCCCAUGGGGUGUGGAUUUUGGAGCAAAGGAGAACCUCAGCACACGGCUGGCCAAUAUCCUCCGUGACUACUCCUCUUCUUCACAGGAUGUGCUCAAGGAGCUGCUGCAAAAUGCAGAUGAUGCCGGCGCAAACGUCAUAUACUUUGUCUGGGACAAGCGUCAGCAUGCAACUCGUCGCGUCUUCAGUGAGGAGUGGAAAACUCUUCAAGGGCCAGCACUCUGUGUCUACAAUGACCAGGUCUUCCAGAUGCAAGAUAUUGAAGGGAUCCAGCAGUUGGGCUGUGGUGGCAAAGGUGAAAGGCGCGAUGCUACUGGCAAGUAUGGACUGGGUUUCAAUACAGUUUACCACUUGACUGACUGCCCUGCCUUUGUGACGGGCAACAGCACCCUUUGUGUCUUUGACUCCACGUUGCAAUACCUUGACGAGUCUGAUGAGCUCUCCCCUGGAGCAAUGUACAGCCUCUCUAAAGACUUUAUAGACACCUUCCGGGAUGUUUAUGAUGCCUUCUUGCCUGAGGUCUUUGACCUGGAACACGGCACGCUUUUCCGGUUACCCCUACGUACCCCUGCUGGUGCAGCAUCCUCCCCUAUCUGCAAGCACUCUGUGACGGAAGAUGACAUAAAGCGCAUGUUGCUGGCUCUUAAGAAAGAGGCGGACUGCCUUAUGAUGUUCCUCAACCAUGUUCACAGUGUGGUUUUCUAUGAGAUCAGCGAGAAAGGAGGACCACCAAUGGAGAUGCUACGGGUGGAGACUGAAGGUGGGGAGCCUGAAAGACUGGAAUACCAGAAACAGCUCUGCCAAGCAGCUGCAGCUGGUGGCAUGGAUGUGGGCGAGUCAGUAAGAGUCUUCUACAGAAUGGAAAUCAAGUGUAGUUUCUCCAAGGCGCCCAGCAACUGGCUUGUUGGUAGGCAGAUUGGGUUGGAGGGCAGGGAUACUGUGGAGGGUAUGCUGCUGCCGCAUGGUGGUGUAGCUGCUUGUCUUACAAGCCUAUCACCUGGCAGGGCCUUCUGCACUCUGCCAUUGCCAGUGGAAACUGGUCUACCCAUCCAUAUCAACGGGAACUUUGCUGUGGACUCAGCUCGGCGUGACUUGCGGAAAGAUGACAGCCAAGAGACGAGGUGGAAUAGUUUGCUGCUCCAAUGCCUUGUGGCCCCUUUGUAUUGCCACCUGCUGGAGGAGCUGUGCCAGGCCCUGGGGAAUCCCCCACUACAGUUCCACACUCUAAAUGAGUGCCAGUUACGGCUAGACACAAACUACUUGCGAUAUUUCCCAAUUGUGACGGAGAAUGUCCCCCCACUCUGGCAUCAGCUGGUUAGCAGCGUGUAUAAACUGGCAUGUGAGGGGCAGUGUCCUUUGGUGCCAGUGUACAAAAACCGGAGUACUUACAUCCAUAAGCUGAGUAUAGAAUUGUGUAGAAUAGAUGUGUGCUGGAGUGCACCCAAAUUAGAUCAGCCAACCAGAGAGCCUUACUUCCUGCAGGAUGCAAUAAGUGGUUUCCUUGAGAGUACUCUCCAGAAUCUGGGCAUGCACUUAGUCCCUGCCUUCCCAUGCCUGCUGGAGAUCCGCAACCAAUUUGUCAAAGCAGAAAUUGAUGUUCUAACCCUUGAUUCUCCUUCUCUCUGCUACUUUCUAAUGAACUUGACUACUUUGUGUCUGCCGUGUCCACUCAAACAAACACCCAUUAAGAAUAUCAAAAACUGCUCUGCCCUCCUGAACUUCUGCCUGCAGCAGCUGAAUCCUGAGGACACUGGAUGGCUGGAUGGUCUCCCUUUACUGGUGACCCAGGAUGGAGUCUUGCGGUGCUUCAGUCAGCAGGACCCUGUAUACCAUAGCAGUGCUCAUGAUCUUUUCCCCCUUCAUCGGUCUCGUUUCUCCGCCUGCCACAUUAAACAUCUUGAGGCAAAGGAGCUGUUAAAGAUUGGCUUCCUGAAGGAUUUUACUCUUCAUGAAUCUGUUGACUACAUCAAGGAGAUGCUGAGACGGAAUGGCUGGUUCAGUGAUCCUGAAGGCCAGAGCUGGCUGAAAAAGUUGUGGGUGUUCUUUGAAGAACAGUUGAAAUCUCAGAAAAAGAAUGAGAUGGAUCAGAUGUUUGCAAAACUAGUUUCUCUCUUCAAAGGCUGGCCUCUGCUCCCUGUGUGUGGAGGCAGCAAGUCUUUGGUUCCUCUUGAGUCCCUCAACAUGAUUGUGCCCGACAGCAAAAAUGAUGUUGCUGAAAUUCUCUGCAAGUUGGGCUUUGCCAAGAUAGACUUCUCUCUUCUGCCACCAAAACUUGCUGUAUGUUGCAUCGCGCCACAGCUGUUGAAGAUGGACGAUCCUUCUGUGGUGUUGGUGCAAAUGGCUGUCCACAGCAGCCUGUGUUGGCAGAAACUUGAAAAAUGGGAAUUUUCAAGACUCUUGAGGUUCCUAAGCAGUGAUCUGAAAAAGUUUCAAAGUGAUUGUAGAAUGCUAGAGAAGUUGAAGGCCUUGCCUUUGUUUGAAACUCAUCAGGGAAAGCAUGUGCCAUUAGCUUCAUACCAGAAGGUGUAUAUCCUGAAGUCCAAGAUUCCAACAGAAUCCAAGAACUUCAAGGAGUUGUAUGAGGUAGAGGAGAGGACUGUCUUGCUGAGUGACAAUGGACUGAACAACAAGUUGUGUGAGUGCUUGGGUAUAGGGGUGAUGAAUGAUUUGCAGCAGUUCGUACAGCUCCUCUUGCCUUGUCUGUCCCGUCUCCCUGAGACCCGUCUGUUGGAGGCUGUUAAAUUACUCCUCCUCCUCAAGACACAUUAUGAAGAAGAAUAUAAUGCUCAGAAAGAGACACUGACGUCAGCGUUCCAGUCCAUCUCCUUCAUCCGGGAUAAGCAGAAUGUGCUGCGUCCCGCAUCUUACUUCUAUGAUGAGACUGAGCCACUCUUUCAGAAGCUGGGGUUGCACUCUCAAUUUGUGCCAGAUAAGUUUUAUGAGAUGGGGCUGAGCAAUAGAAUGACAGUGAAGAGAUUCUUACGGGAUGUGGGCCUGAGAUGUGAAGUCUCUGAAGCAGAGUUUCUAGGGUUCGCUGCUCAGAUUGAGGUAGAAGCAUUGAGGCACGGUGCUAUGUCUAACGAUCUUCCGGACAAACGAAAGGCACUUCUGUCAUACCUGCUUCAUUGGAAGAGAGUUUUAUCAAAAACCUUCUUCAAACAGCUGUCUAAGCUCCGUUUCCUGGCACCUAAGUCUAUCUCUAAUGAUCUGUGCAAUCUCCACAAACCCUAUGUCCCUAACAACACUGCAGUGGCACCCCAGGGAAAUUUAUAUACUUGGACCAGGACAGAACUAACUUGGACUUCAGCAGUUACUCUAUGUCCCAUUAUAACCUUUGACAGUGAAAAUAAAGAGGCUGUUCUGGAACGUCUGGGGAUGCUGUGCACCUUGCCAGCUGAAUUGGUUUUGAAGAAUCUGAUCAAUGUAUGUCAGGCACCAUGUGACACCUGGAAAACCAAGAAAAUACGGAUGGAAGUCUUAAAGCUGAUAUACGAGUACUUAUUGGAGCAGGAAAGCAUAGAGACUGAAUGUUUGAAGGGGUUCCCUGUGGUGCUGAUAGAUGGUGAUGAAGUAGCAGAGGCCCAACAUGUUGUGAUGACCUUAAAAAAUUGGGAGGAAUUCCGGCCAUAUCUUCACAAGUUACCCCAAAAACUAUUUCGCUAUUUAGAGCUUCUGGAGAAACUUGGGGUGGAAAAAGAACCAAACAUUUACCACUAUGCCACUGUCCUGGCCAGGAUUUACAAGGAGACUAUGGAGAAGAACACAUUGCACCCCAACCUCAGUAAAACCAUAUGCAGGGCCAUGCAGCACUUCUUCCAACUCCUACAUGAAGCAAAGGAGCCAGUGGACUUCUCGGGGAUGAAGGAAUUGCAUCUGCUCUGCACUGAUGGAAAGCUGUAUCCAUCAAAUACUCUAGUUUUCUGUGAUUACAUCACUGACCAGCAGUUUGGGGCCUUGCAGAGUAAGUUUCGCUUCCUGGUGGAUCUCUCCAGUUGUGACCUAUCAGGCAUGCAGUAUGAUCUCCAGUUGCUGCACCGACUGCCUGAAGGCUUGCGACCCAAGAGACUGUCGGACAUCACUGGAGAGCAGUUGGAAGAAUCCUCUCUCAAACUCUGCACCUUGGGGGGGAAAUGUGAGUUCCAGUCCCAUUUUAGACAACUUCUAGUCUCUUCUGAAUUCCAGCAUGCUGUGGUUACACUGCUGAAAUGGCGGGAAAUAACGAAGGACAUGGAAACAAAGGAAGCGACUGAAAGGGUGCAUGCUGGACUCUUCUCAGCAGAGCAGCUAGAGGUGGUUUGCUGUGAAAAGGUGUGCACAGUGAUGGUGUGCAACUUGCAGUGCUUAGAAGGGACCCAACACAACAAGACGGUGCAUGUUGAAACAAUGUCAAAUGGCAAGAGACGCAUUUACCUGGUGCACCAAGAGGGUCUGGGACACCCGGAGGGCAUGAAGAUCAUGAACACCCUGGCCGAAGAAGUAAAUAAGCUUGUUGGGGAAAGACUUCACUCCCAAGCCAUGAAUGUCCUUAGAGAGAUCCUGAUUUGCCAAGAACCUGAGGAAAUAGUUGCUGUGCUGAAGCGGAACAAAGUGCCCCUGCAGCGGUCUAGAAAUCUAGGUGCCUGCCCCCUUCCUGAUCCUGGAGAGGAGAUCCCUGAAGAAUGGCAUGACAGCCUGGACAUGAGCAUCCUGCAUACCUUCCUAGUGGGAGAUUAUGUGGGUUAUCUAGACCCUUCCCAGCCAGGUGAGCAUUAUGUCUAUGCCGUGGUGCUCGAGGUGCUUGGCCCACAACAGAGUGGAGCCGGCCAGGUGCAUGCCUACACUAUUGACUUGGGGAAUGGGCGGCAUGUGCAGGUCAGUGCUCAUGAUCUUUACCACUUCAAGCAGAGUACUCUGACAUCUGACUCAAGCAAAGCUGUGGUACUGGCACCAAGUUCUCCUGGUGCUGACAUUGCUGCAGGUCUCAGAGGUGGUGAAUGGUACCAGAAGUCCCUGAGUGAAGUGAAGAAGGAGGUGGAUGCUAGCCUGGAGGAGAUCUGGAAUUUGUCGGAGGAAGAGAAGAGGAAGGCCCUAAGAAGGCUCUAUCUAUGCUACCACCCUGAUAAAAACUUGGGCCAAGAGGAUUUGGCCAAUGAAAUCUUCAAAUACCUUAAAGAGAAGAUCAAGGAGAUGGAGAACAAGGGGAAGCCCAAGGGCUCCAGUGGAGGAGCCAGAAGUGGUGGUUCUUCCAGCAAGAAUUUCUGGAACUUCUCAGAGUCUUGGAAUGAAUGGGAUCAGCAAGCUCAUCGACAUCAGCAGAGGCGCCAAGAAUUCACCAGGCAAAGAGAGAGCAGAGGUGGUGGCCACUUCAACUACAACUUCUGGUCCUACCACCAGCCUGAAACAAAGGGAUCUCGCUCAAAGGAGGAGGAAGCCAGGCGCUGGCUGCGGCAAGCAGAGUGUGACCUGCAUGCGGCAGCCAAUGACACUGGGAACCAUAACACUGAGUGGCUACUCUACAAGAUCUACAGAGCACUGGAGAAAGCCCUGACAGCAGUGGAGUACAAUCAGGGUAGGCGCUUUGACAAGAAUCUGUCUCUUGCAAUGCUGGCUGGGAAGGUAGCAUCUUAUGGAAGUGAGCUGGCAGACCUUUACAAUCAGGUGGCCAAGCUCCGGAAGCACGGUGUGGAUGACAAGACCACACAAUAUCCCAGGUACCACCCAUCGCCCACCAUUCCCAAUGAGGCUUUUCCUGAAUGCGAGGAACAGGAGGUACUUCAGCUAGCUCAGGAGAUCUUCGACACAGUGAAGAAGUGGCUUGGCCAGAAAUGAGAACGGAGGGUUCUUGGUUAAAUUUCUUGUAUAGACUGUUCUCUAUGUACUAAACAUACUUCUAAGGAAAACUUUGGGAUCAAACAUUUUAAAAUGUUUGUCUUCUGGAGCAAAAUGGUUGGGGGUGGGGUGAAUGGGAAAAGGUUAACUUUUGAAAGUGGGUUUAAAUAACUGUUCCAAAAUAAGGAAGCUUUAUUUGUUUUUGUUACACAUGUUCUGAAAUUUUUGUAUGAGCAAACUUGGUUCAUUAAAACAAAACAAAAAAACUUUA